AUGUCUGAUAUCAAAAAGGAUUCAGUGGUGAAUAGCUCGUCCUGGGCCGUAACGGACGAUAGUCAGGUUCGACCUGCCUUCUUCUCAUUCAAGGACAUUGAUUGCAGAUUGAAGGUCCGAGGAGAGUGGAAGCAAUUGUUGCAACAUGUCAACGGUUACUGCAAACCUGGUGAAUCUUUGGCCAUUAUGGGUCCAUCUGGUGCUGGUAAAAGUACCUUGUUGGAUGUCAUUUCUUUCCGAAAAACUACUGGAGAAUGGACUCACGAUGUCCGCCUUAACGGAGCUCCAUUGACUCAACGAGAGUUCAUACAAAACAACGGUUACGUUACAUCUGAUGACUUGUUACCACCAGAAUUGACUACCCGUGAAGCUUUGGAAUUCUGUGCUGCUCUCCGUUUACCUGAAAACUGGACCGCAGAUGAGCGAAAAGCACGAGUUGAUGAUGUCUUGACAUUGAUGCAGCUCAACUAUGUCGAACACAACAAGAUCGGAUCUGCUUUGGUCCGUGGUUUGUCAACUGGUGAACGAAAGCGUGUUAACGUUGCCGUCGAAAUGUUGCCAGUAGCAUCAGUGUUGUUCUUGGACGAACCAACUACUGGUUUGGACAGUGCAACCGGUCGGGCUAUCAUUGAAAACGUCAACGAAGUCGUCCGUCUCCGUAAAUUAGCUUGCAUUGCCACGAUUCACCAGCCCUCAUACACCAUUUUGUCUCAAUUCGACAACCUUUUGCUUCUCUGCCCUGGUGGACAGACCUGUUACUUUGGUAAAACCGCUGAUGCCAUCUCCUACUUUGAACGAUUGGGCAUUCCAAUUAGUGGAAACCCAGCUGAAACAUAUGCCAACGAACAAGCCGGACGUGCAGACUUCCUCGUAGCCUCGUGGAACGCAUCUUCUGAAUGCUCAGCUCUGCAAAAGAGAGUCAACGAUAUUCACUCUGGUCAGGGCUCGAUCAACAACUAUGAAGCCUUCCACUUGAAACAGGCCACAGUGUGGGAAUCAAUGGGUUUCUACCAACUGGCUUCGAGUCGUCUCCAGUUCUACCACUUGUUUAUGCGUCAGUUGAGAAUUUACUGGAGAAACCCUCUUAUGUCUACAACUCGAUUCAUCUCCGCUAUUGUCGUUGGUCUCUUUUGUGGUGGUGCUUUCUAUGGUCAAGAUGCUGGUUUCUACGGUCACGUCGGAAAGGAUGCCCUUGGUUUCACUAUUACGCUUAUGGUCCCUGGAUUCGGUUCCGCUGCCAUUGCAUACUGGCUCGAACGUCGUAAAUCAUAUUACCAUGAGGAGGCCGCUGGUUACUACAACAAGCUUUGGUAUUUGCUAUCACAAUAUGUCGUCGAAGUGAUAUUCUCUGGCACCAUGUGCGCUUGUGUUGCAUUUAUCGCUCUCCCCAUGGCUGGAUUUGACAACAAGAACUUGGCCGAAUCUGGAUUUACCCUCUACCUUGAGGCCAUUUGUGUCUCAUCCCUGAACAUGAUCUGUGCUUACGUUGCCGGAUCUAUUCCAUACGCCAACGCUGCUUUCACCAUCCACUACUUCUUCUUCCUCUUCUGGACCAGUACAUACUGUCCCGACAACUUCAUCUUACCCAGAUCGUCACCCGUUAAAUACUUCUUCGCUUGGUUGUCAUAUGACCGUCUGUGGUUCUACCCUCUCAUGAGAAACGAAUAUCUCGGCCACCCAGUCACCUGUGCCAAGGAUGAACUGGUACCUCUUGAUGUCAACACUGCCUUAUACCAAGGAUUGGGUGAUACCACAAUGGCCAUGGCCGUUAAAGCUGCUCCCGCCUUGAACUCAACGAUCGCCCCUCUGAAGCACAUUGCCUUCGCUACAGCAGCUCAAAACGCCUCUCUCACUCAAUUGUUUACACUGGCCGGAAAUGUAAACAGUGCACAAGCCGCAUCAACCGGAGCUGCUGGCUUGUCUGCGACCACCCAGGCAUAUAUUACCUCUCAAUAUACUGCUGCAUCAAACGCCUACGCUAAAUUCGCUGGUAUCGAUGGAACCAACGCCGCUGCUGUUGCUCAAUCUGUUGCCCUCGCUAUUGAUGCCCAAAGCAACUUGGCAUUAGCUGGCCGUCUCAUCGCUGCUCCAGUACCAACAAUCGACUCAUGUCUAAUUACCGAUGGAGAGUCUGGUCUUGCAGCCAUCGUCGGAAUGGUCUUGUACACCACAUAUCCUAACGGCUCGAUCUCUGGCAAAGACGUCGACCACUGGGACGUCACCCCUAAUGGAUUAUUGUACGGUCUCCAAGUAGUCUAUGGUGCUUUCUACUUCGUCUUGGCAUGGGCUGCUCUCCGAUCUUGCAACUUCAGACAAAAGUAG